GGUCUCUCCCCAACUUCAACAAGCCACACGAAGUCCCUCAACUUAGCUCCAUCAUCCUCCUUUUGCUGCUGCUACGGCUACUACUACUGCUCUCUUCUCUCAGUUCGCAUACAUGGCUUCGCCGUUGCUCUCUUCCCUCGUGUUCCUCGUCCUUCUUCUCAUCGUGGGAAGCUCUGAAGCUAAAGACUUCUUGGUUGGAGGUAACACCGAAGCAUGGAAAAUCCCCUCGUCUCCAUCAGAAACCCUCAAUCAGUGGGCGGAGGCGAACCGCUUUCUGGUCGGGGAUUCGCUUGUUUGGAAGUAUGAUGGCAAGAAGGAUUCGGUGCUGGAGGUGACGAGGGAGGGCUACCUGAGCUGCACCACUUCAAGCCCGAUCGCCGAGCACAAGGAUGGGAGCACGGUGGUGAAGCUCCCCCGUUCAGGGCCGUACUAUUUCAUCAGUGGAGCAGAGGGGGCCUGUGAGAAGGGGGAGAAGCUGAUCGUCGUUGUGAUAUCAGAGAGGCUCCACCGGUACCGUGGGAUCUCCCCUGCACCUUCCCCCUUGGAGUACGAUGGUCCUGCAAUGGCUCCGGUGAGCAGCGGCCAGAAGUUGGCAGGGGGGAUUACAGGGGGCUUGGUGGGUGUUCUGGCUGUCAUCGGAAUGGUGGCGAGGAUUCUUUGAGGCGUCGUAUUAUGAGUUUUGGUUAUUCUUUUGAGGAGGAAGAGGAUUGGAUUUUUUCGUGUUGUUCAUAGAGCUUUCUGGUUUCAUCUUCUUUCCUAUGUGAUACAUAGCCGAGAAUGCUUAUGACAUUGCUUCUGCUGAUAUGAAUUCAAUUUAUUCUUUGAA